CCAACAUCCCUCUACAUAAAGGUAGCACUGCUAAGGCUGCAUAUAUUAUAUGUCUUUACUGACUAACUUUGUCUCUUAUAUGACUAUCUCCGAUGGACUCCAUCGAGUUGGCGGUCCUCAGCGACCACUUCCGGGUGCUCUUCAGCACGAGCCGGCGGACACCGAGUCCACCUUGCCAGCGGCCCAGAGCCUUCGAGCUGGCGGUCCUCAGCGACCACUUCCGGGUGCUCUUCAGCACGAGCCGGCGGACACCGCGUCCACCUUGCCAGCGGCCCAGAGCCUUCGAGCUGGCGGUCCUCAGCGACCACUUCCGGGUGCUCUUCAGCACGAGCCGGCGGACACCGAGUCCACCUUGCCAGCGGCCUAGAGCCUUCGAGCUGGCGGUCCUCAGCGACCACUUCCGGGUGCUCUUCAGCACGAGCCGGCGGACACCGCGUCCACCUUGCCAGCGGCCCAGAGCCUUCGAGCUGGCGGUCCUCAGCGACCACUUCUGGGUGCUCUUCAGCAUGAGCCGGCGGACACCGAGUCCACCUUGCCAGCGGCCCAGAGCCUUCGAGCUGGUGGUCCUCAGCGACCACUUCCGGGUGCUCUUCAGCACGAGCCGGCGGACACCGAGUAAAGCGAGCGCCCGCUCUGUGCAGCUCCCGAAGGGACAGGGCCGCCACCACAUCAUUGAACCGGCGCACCCUUGGCCAAUUCACAAUGCCAUUACUCUUAUCCGACGCCCUUCGGAUGAGGUUGAAGUCCCCGCCCACCACCACUGGAAGAUUGCAGGCGCGCACCUCCGCCCCGAGCUCAUCCAAGAACUCCCCAGUCCUCGCAUGAUCCGCCGGGCCAUAUACCAGGAUGAAGCACCACUUCUUCCCCAACUUGCGGUGGAAGAUGUCAGCACUGAGAAAGAAAGAUCCCUUCCUCCAAACUCCGACCUCAAAGGUCUCAUCCCUAAAUCCUAG